AUGGCGACGGAGAGCCAAGAGUACUUGAAUGGGAGACCUGGACCAUUGACUAGAGAGAUACCAGAAUGCAUGCGUGACAAAUACACUACAAUUCAAACAAUUUUUGAUUUGCUCGCAUUUUUGGUGUUCGCAAUAGGUCAUGUUAUUAAAGGGAUAUAUAAAACUAUAGUUGGGUAUCCGAAGAAAGAUUUGAAGGGGAGUAUAGCGCUAGUGACGGGUGGUGGCGGUGGCCUCGGCAGCCUCAUCGCUCUGCGCCUGGCCAGGCUCGGCUGCGUCGUGGUUUUAUGGGACAUUAACAGUAAAGGGCUGGAAGACACAGUAAAACUAGUCAAAGGAAUAGGCGGCAAGUGUUACGGGUAUAUAGUAGACCUCGCGAGCAAAGAGGAUAUAUAUCGGGUCGCGAGACAAGUAGACGAGGAAGUCGGCAGAGUGUCGCUUUUAGUCAAUAAUGCAGGUGUGGUAUCUGGACAGUACCUGUUGGACACUCCGGAUCAUCUUAUACAACGAACAUUCGAUGUCAAUAUUUUGGCGCACUUUUGGACGGUAAAGGCAUUUUUACCAGCGAUGCUCCAACAGAACGAUGGUCAUAUCGUCACCAUUGCAUCGAUGGCUGGACACGUUGGUGUUGCCAAGUUGGUAGAUUACUGCUCCUCAAAAUCAGCCGCCUGUGGCUUCGAUGAGGCCCUCAGACUAGAAUUAGAAGUCAAAGGAGCUGAUGGCGUCCACACGUCUCUCAUAUGCCCUUACUUCAUCCGUGCAACCGGAAUGUUUGAGGAGGUCAAUUCAAGGUUUGUGCCAACGCUGAGCUCGAACGAGGUGGCCGACCGCGUGAUCCUCGCGAUCCGCACCAACGAGCCCGUCGCUGUCAUGCCCUCGUAUUUCCGACUAUUGCUGCCGUUCAAAUGGAUCGUGCCUUGGCCAUGUAUCUCAGAGCUGAUACGUGGGAUGGUUCCUGACGCUGUACCUGCCCCUAUGCCAAUGCCAGAGCGACCACAAGAGAGUAAGCAAAUACUUGCAACCCCGGUCAAGGAGUCCCGACCUAUGACACUCGCGCCGCCCGCGAGACACGACCGGCAAGUG